UUUGAAUUCGAAAAUACAUUAAGAUACAUUUUUUCAUAUUAUGAACAACGAUAGUUUUCCAAAACAAACUUCCAUUGAAGUCUUUUAAUUUCCCAUGGCCCAACUAUGUCAAAUAUCGACCACAAGUUAACCUUGUGGAUAUUUACUUUCAUUAGGUAGGAUGUGGUCGAUUUCUCUGAUGUCUAUCUAAUGUUAGUUUCCCCAAAAUAUUAUUAGAAAAACAGUCAAGAGAACUAGUUUUAUUCAAAUAGUUGCUUAAGAAGAAUUUAACAUGAGCUCCUCUGAUAACUACAUAGAAGAAACAGUGUGCCAAGUUUCCGAACUACAAGAAAAUGAACUAAAAACAUUCCAGUUAGGAGAUGGUGAAGUCUUGCUCGUGAAACAAAAUGGAAAGAUCAGUGCCUUGGGCUCGAAAUGCACUCAUUACGGAGCCCCACUGGCCAACGGUGCUUUGGGCGAAGGCAGGAUCCGUUGUCCCUGGCACGGAGCCUGCUUCAACCUCGCCACCGGAGACAUCGAAGAUUUUCCAGGUCUCGAUUCCCUUCCAAACUACCAAGUAACCAUCGAUGGUAGUAAUGUCGUAGUGAGGGCCGAUAAAGGGCAACUGGUUUCUAAUAAGCGAGUGAAGAAUAUGGUGGGUCAGUGUCAAGGGGAAAGACACGGUAUUGUCGUUAUAGGAGGGGGGCCAGCGGCAGCAACUUGUGUUGAAACUCUGAGACAGGAGGGCUACAAGGGGCAAAUUGUUAUGGUGUGCAAGGAAAACUGCCUGCCCUACGAUAGGGUUUUGGUUACGAAAGAAAUGAACUUCGAUAUAAAAAAUGCCGAGUUUCGCAAUGAUGAUUUUUAUCAGAAGUUCGGUAUCUCUGUUAUCAAAGGAGUAGAAGCUCUAUCAGUUGAUACGAAGAACAAAAAGGUGUCUCUCAGUAAUAGCACUGCUCUCAGCUACCACAAACUUUUCAUUGCCACUGGUAGCAGCCCUAGGAAGGUUGACAUUCCAGGGUGCGACUUGGGAAAUGUUAUAGUUUUGAGAGACUAUGAGAAUGCAAAGUACACCAAUUCUCAACUCUCAAAAGACAAAGAGGUAGUAAUUUUGGGAGAUAGCUUCAUAGCCUUGGAGGCUGCUGACUACUGCAGCAGCAGAGUAAAAAAAGUGACUGUUCUCAUGAAGGGACAGGUUCCGUUCUCUCAUGUCCUUGGUCCGAGGAUUGGACGAGCUGUUUUCGAGCUGUUCAGAAGAAACGGAGUCAAUUUUGUUACUCAGUGUGGCCUUCGUCGGAUCAAUGGAAAUGGUGGAAAUGUGCAAAGUGUGGAGCUUGUUGAUGGCACUUCCAUCCCUGCGGACCUCCUGAUAGUGGGCAUCGGGAUCACCCUCAAUACGACCUUUCUGAAAGAUUCCGGCAUCGAAAUCCAACAGAACGGAUCCAUCGAAACGGACCAGUACCUGCAAACCAACAUACCGGAAGUGUAUGCCGGCGGAGAUGUAGCUUGGGCCCCUGUUUGGUGCGCCGGCAACCAAAAGGCUUCCAUAGGCCACUUUGGGCUAGCCCACUACCACGGCAAGACUGCCGCCUUGAAUAUGAUAGGGAAGCAGAAGGAGCUCAGGAGCGUUCCGUAUUUUUGGACGAGGCUGUUCGGGUUGUCUAUAAGAUACUGCGGUUUCGGACAUUUCGACGAUAUAAUCUACGUUGGAGACGUGGAAGCUUUGAAAUUCGUGGCGUUUUACCUUAAAAGUGACGAGGUCGUCUCUGCAAGUUCGUGUGGCAUGGAUCCGAUUGUAUCCAAGUUCGGGGAGCUGCUAGCGCAAGGUAAGAAGCUCAAGAGGGAGGAUUUGGUUGAUGACCCUCUCGGAUGGACUAAGCCGAAGCUCGUUGUCCAGUUAUAAACUGUAUAUAUUUUUUUCAGUAUUGUUUUAUGCCUGACAUUGCGUGUAAUAUAAAAAAAAAUAUGUCAGUUAA